AUGCUACGAUUUGUGUCAAAUAAAGUUAUAGUUUUUCCCACAUCUCGUGUCUACUCCAGAAGGAGCUAUGUUGGUUCCACUGCUUCUUCGAACUUAUGGACCACCGUCGUUCCUGCUCUGGCUCAGUCCGGUGCCAUCGAAGCGUUACACGCAGCUGUUGAGUUGCUCAAUGAAGGCGAUAAGCCACAUGAUACUUCUCCGCUCGUUCACCUGCUCCGUGUCUCCGGAAACCAUGGCUACGUUUCUUUAUGCAGGCAGCUUCAUGGUUACGUCGUGAAAAAUGGGUUUGUUCAGACACGCGUCUCAAAUUCGCUGAUGAGGUUUUACAGGACAAGCGACUCGCUGGAAGAUGCCCACAAGCUGUUUGAUGAAAUGUCUGACCCAGAUGUCAUUUCUUGGAACUCAUUGAUUUCUGGUUACGUUCAAUCGGGAAGAUUCCACGAAGGACUCUCCUUGUUUCUAGAGCUCCACAGAUCUGAUGUCUUCCCUAACGAAUUCUCUUUUACAUCCGCUUUGGCUGCUUGUGCAAGACUGAAACUUUCGCGGCUCGGAGCCUGUAUCCACUCAAAGAUUGUAAAACUUGGCAUAGAGAAAGGCAAUGUCAUAGUGGGUAAUUGUCUAAUCGACAUGUACGGGAAAUGUGGUUCCAUGGAUGAUGCAGUUUUGGUGUUCCAAUUCAUGGAAGAAAAGGAUACAGUUUCUUGGAAUGCCAUUGUUGCUUCCUGCUCAAGGAACGGUAAGCUUGAGCUGGGACUUUGGUUUUUCCACCAAAUGCCAAAUCCAGACACUGUAACAUACAACGAGCUCAUCGAUGCUUUCGUCAAGUCCGGGGAUUUCAUCAAUGCCUUUCAGAUUCUAUCGAGUAUGCCAAACCCUAAUUCAUCUUCAUGGAACACAAUAUUGACAGGUUAUGUUAACGGUGAUCAGUUUGGAGAAGCUACUGACUUUUUCACCAAAAUGCAUUCGUCAGGCGUCAGAUUUGAUGAGUACAGCUUGUCAAUAGUUCUGGCCGCCAUUGCUGAUCUCGCUGUGGUUCCAUGGGGAAGUCUCAUCCAUUCUUGUGCUCUCAAGCUUGGCCUAGAGUCUCGGGUUGUCGUUGCGAGUGCUCUGAUAGAUAUGUAUUCCAAAUGCGGAAUGUUAAAGCAUGCUCAGUUAAUGUUUUGGAAGAUGCCUAGAAAGAAUCUGAUCGCGUGGAACGCGAUGAUCGCUGGUUAUGCUCGUAAUGGCGAUUCAACCGAGGCAAUGAAGCUAUUUAACCAAUUGAAACAAGAAAGAUUCCUGAAACCUGAUCGGUUCACAUUCUUGAACCUCUUAGCUGUGUGUUCUCAUUGUGAAGUUCCAAUGGAGAUCACGCUUGGCUACUUUGAGAUGAUGAUUAACGAGUAUGGGAUCAAACCAAGCGUAGAACAUUGCUGUUCUCUUAUCAGAGCUAUGGCGCAGAGAGGAGAAAUUCGGCAGGCGAAAAAGGUGAUUCAGGAAUUCGGUUUUAGGUUUAAUGGUGUGGCUUGGAGGGUUUUGCUUGGUGCUUGUAGUGCUAGAAAGGAUCUGAAAGCUGCAAAAGUCGUCGUCGCUAAGAUGGUUGCGUUAGGGGAAGCUGAUGAAGAUGAGUACAUAUAUAUAGUGAUGUCGAAUCUCUAUGCUUACCAUGAGAGAUGGAGAGAAGUUAGUCAUAUUAGGAAGAUAAUGAGAGAGAAAGGGGUGGAGAAAGAAGUUGGCUCUAGCUGGAUUCAAGAGCAAAACGUUGCAUCACAACUUUAGCAUCUUUUACGUUUUGAGCUUUUGGUUAUGU